CGGCGCCCUGCCGAGGCGCCUGAGCGGGUCGAGAGCGUCGUGCUACACUCCAGUCAUGGCGGCCCCAGGACAGGCCGUGGGCAACGGGGCUCAGGAGACAUGCGGUCUGGAUCGGAUUUUGGAGGCAUUGAAGCUGCUGCUGAGCCCGGGAGGCUCAGGCUCAAGUUCACUGCAGGUCACAAAACAUGAUGUCUUGUUGGCUACUUUAAAAUCUAACCUGUCUGCUUUGGAGGACAAGUUUCUGAAGGAUCCUCAGUGGAAGAAUCUGAAACUCCUAAGAGAUAAAAUUGCUGAUAACGCAGAAUGGCCACAAAACUCUGUGGAUGUCACUUGGAGUUUUACCUCUCAAACCUUGUUGUUGCUUUUGUGCUUGAAGGAAACCAUGAUCCGCCUUGCAGCUAACUUCAAUCCAGGUAAACCAAACCCUAGGACUCCAGAAGUUGCUCCUGCCCUGAGCCCUGAUGCACUUAGUAUCUCACAGCAGAAGACCGUCCAGUUUGUUUUGCAGUUUGUAGUUACCUUGGGUAUCUGCCCCUAUCUCAUGCCUGGCGUUGGAGUCCCUUUGAGAUAUAGAACUGAGUUUGGUGCCGUCGUUCAAGAUGUGGUGUGUCUUGAUGCUGCCCCUGAUGCAACUCGAAGACUGUACACCAGCUGCAAGGCCCUUCUGAAUGUUGCUCAGCACCCAUCUCUGGGGAGCUUGAUCUUCUGCCACCAUUUUGGGGAUAUCGCAGCAGGUCUGUGCCAACUGGGAUUCUGCCCAACCAAAAGAAAACUGCUAACACCUGCAGAAGAGGUCCUAACUGAAGAGGAGAGAACCCUAUCCAGGGGGGCCUUGAGAGACAUGUUGGAUCAAGUCUAUCAGCCCUUAGCAGUCCGGGAACUGCUUAUCCUCCAGGGAGGACCACCCCAGUCCUGCACAGAUGUGAAGACACAGAUGAGGUGUCGGGCCCCAGCUUGGCUUCGGCGUCUAUGUGGACAGCUGCUCUCUGAAAGGUUAAUGAGACCUAAUGGUGUCCAGGCAGUAGUCCGGGGCAUUUUGGAAGGAGCGGGUGCGGGAGCAGCUGGUGGAAGUGAUGCUGAGGUGACGGCUGCUGACUGGAAGAAGUGUGACCUGAUCGCAAAGAUUUUGGCCUCUUGUCCCCAGCAGUCUCUUUCACCAGAGAAUUACUACAGGGACAUCUGCCCCCAGGUUCUGAAUUUAUUUCACUUUCAAGAUAAAUUGACAGCACGACAAUUUCAGAGAGUUGCCACCACUACCUUUAUAACUUUGUCAAGAGAACGCCCACAAUUGGCAGCAAAGUAUUUGCUCCAGCCAGUGUUAGCUCCUCUUCAUCGAUGUUUGAAUACAGCAGAGCUUCCAGAGAGUGACAUGGUACCAGGAGCUAUUUUGGUGACAGAAGAAGAACUUAGUAGAUGCAUUGAGGAUGUGUUUAAGGUGUACGUGGUUGGGAAUGAACCUUUAACAGUUUUGAUGGAUUCCCUGCUUCCAGUCCUGGGGGUGCUUUUUCUUCUCUACUGUUUUACUAAGCAGAGUGUGUCUCACAUAAGGUCACUUUGCCAAGAAAUCUUAUUAUGGAUUCUGGGGAAGCUGGAAAGGAAGAAGGCAAUUGCCAGCCUGAAAGGAUUUGCAGGGUUGGACAAAGCUGUGCCCUCUCUCCAUUCUCUGUGUCAGUUUAGAGCUGCCACUCAAGGUGGCAUUAUGAUUACCAUCAAAGAGGCCAUUAGUGAUGAAGAUGAAGAUGAAGCCCUGUACAAGAAGGUAUCCUCAGAGCAGGGCCGGGUGGAGCAUCUCGGGGACUUGCUGUCCCACUGCCAGGAAUGCGGUUUGGCAGGAGACUUCUUCAUCUUCUGUUUGAAAGAGUUGACUCAUGUGGCCUCGGAAAAUGAAACAGAGUUAAAAACUGAGCCCUUCUCCAGCAAGAGCCUCUUGGAAUUAGAGCAACAUCAGACUCUUCUUGCGGAAGGCCAAGAGCGGAAGCUGCUUGUCCUGCAGCUGGUGGCUAUUCUGUGCGAGAGAAUGUCUGAGCAGAUAUUCACAAACAUCACUCAGGUGGUGGACUUUGUAGCAGCAACAUUGCAGAGAGCCUGUGCAAGCCUGGCCCAUCAGGCAGAGAGCACUGUGGAAUCACAGACGCUGAGCAUGUCCAUGGGGCUGGUGGCUGUCAUGCUAGGAGGAGCUGUUCAGUUGAAGUCAAGUGAUUUUGCUGUUCUGAAGCAGUUGCUGCCUCUGUUGGAGAAUGUAUCCAACACAUACCCUGAUCCUGUCAUCCAAGAACUCGCUGUUGAUCUCCGCAUCACCAUCUCUACCCAUGGAGCCUUUGCCACUGAGGCCAUCAGCAUGGCUGCCCGAAGUACACUGAACAGAAAAGAUCUGGAAGGGAAAAUAGAAGAGCAGCAACAAACCAGUCGUGAAAGACCCACUGAUGUAGCUUAUAGCCACCUUGAACAACAGCAGAGCCAUGAGAUAGCCCCCCAGACAGGCCUGCAGUCAAAUGCUCCAAUCAUUCCUCAAGGAGUCAAUGAGCCCAGCUCUACUACAAGUCAGAAAUCUGGAAGCGUAACCACAGAACAACUCCAAGAGGUUCUUUUGUCAGCUUAUGACCCUCAAAUUCCAACACGGGCUGCUGCCCUGCGUACUCUUUCCCGCUGGAUAGAGCAGAGAGAAGCAAAAGCCCUUGAGAUGCAAGAGAAGCUUCUCAAGAUAUUCUUGGAAAACUUGGAACAUGAAGACACUUUUGUAUAUCUAUCUGCAAUUCAGGGAUCAUCUAAUUGGACCUGGCAUGGAAAUUUGGAAUGCAGUCUUGCGAAGUUUAUCAUCUCCAUUUAUGUCCUGGAAAAGGGAACAUUUCUUUUACAUCCUGACCUGGUUUCUGUACCACUUAAUUAACAAAUAAGCAUUUAGAGAACGUCUCUCAUAUAUGCUCUCUCGGUAAAUUCUCUAAGUAGUUCUGGGAAGUAGACAUUAUCUCCAUUUUUAAAACUUCUUAUUUGAGAUGUAAUUUACAUCCCUAAAAUUCACCCAAUUAAAACGUGCAAGUCAAUGGUUUCUAGUGUCUUUAAAGAGUUGUGCAACCAUCACCACUAUAUAAUUUUAAAACAUUUUUAUCAUUUCACACCCAUGAAAAGUCACUUCCCCUUGCUCACUCCCCCAACCCCUGGCAACCACUGAUCUACUUUUUAAUCUCUGUGGAUUUGCCUAUGCUGGACAUUUCAUAUAAAUGGAAUUAUACAAUAUGCGGUCUUUUUUGUCUGGCUCCUUUCACUUUAGCAUAAUGUUUUUGAGGUUUGAGGUUUCCUUUUUAUGACUUCAUUCCUUUUUGUGACUGAAUAAUAUUCCAUGGUAUUGCUUAGCCAUGUUUUAUUUAUCCAGCUCAUUAAUUGGUGGACAAUUGGAUUGUUUCCACUUUUUGGCUAUUAUGACGAGAUCGGGUGCGUUUGGGGUGGUAUCGCCAUAGACUUGGCUAUUAUGAAUAGUGUUGUUAGGAACAUUUGUGUACAAGUUUUUGUGUGAACAUAUGUUUUCAUUUCCCCUGGGUAUAUACAUAUAGCUAGGAGUGGAAUUGCUGGGUCAUAUGGUAAGUCUAUAUUUAGCCUUUUGAGGAACUGCUGGACUAUUUUCCAAAGCAGAUGUACCAUUUUACAUCCUUACCAGCAAUGUAUGAGUGUUCCAACUUUUCUACAGCUUUGCCAAUACUUGUUAUUGUCUGUCUUUUUAUCAAAGCUGUCAAGGUAAAAUAAAAUAUAAAGGUGAAUCUCUAUAUUUAAAACAUCUUAUUUGAGAAGCAAGAAUUGUAAUUUGGUGCAUACACGCAGACCUAGUGGUCUUCCAUAUGUCUGAAGAACAAUGAGAAGGUUGGAGGUUUUGUAAACAGGAGAAAUGUUACAUAUUGUUCUGGAGAAAGAUCAUUGGGACUAGCAAAGUUUUGGAGAUCUGGCAAGCUCUGAUUAAUGAGUGACAGCAGUGGGUAAAAUGAGUCCUUAGAGUCACAGUAGGUUUGUUUCAGUAGCUAGUAGAUAAAACUGGCUUUAGGCUACAACAGGCAGUUUAAAAAGCCAGGCUUGUAGGGAAUUAUAUUUUUGGAGCAAUGUUAUGUGCCCUGUUUUUUUCUUCCCUGGUCUCUCAACUCCAUUUUAGUUGGAUAUGAGAGGCAUGACCCAAUUAAUAUGAUCCACUUUCACAUUUUCCCCUUUUGAUUGAGAUCUUUUUUUGAAAGCAUUGCCAAUUAACUACUUAUAAGUUAGCUUAAUUGUCCCUCGGAGCUAGGAUGGACCUGUUCUGAUUGUCUCUGUCCCAUAUCAGCGGGGAAGUAUGGGGGCUUAUGUCAGCGACCUGGGCCACAUUUGAGUAACAGAGUCCAGAAGGAAGAGUGUUCUUAGGGUACAUUGUUCUAGAGUCAUUUAUCAAGUUGUGUCUUAACAAUUCUGCAAGCAUUAGCAAUCAUCUUGAAGGAUUGGGUUAACAUUACUUCGUUGAGAGAGCUGGCAUUAUAAAGAUUAAACAAGCAGUAAGAACAAAGCUGGCCAGUCAUGGUGGCUCACACCUGUAACCCCAACACUUUGGGAGGCUGAGGCAGGAGGGUCUUUUGAGCCCAGGAGGUCAAGGCUGCAGUGAGUUAUGAUCACACCACUGCACUCUACCCUGGGUGACAGAGUGAGACCCUGUCUCAAAAAAAAAAAAAAAAAAAGGCAAACAACAAUAACAACAACAACAAAAACCUUAAAAGUUAUAAUAUAAAAAAUAACAAUAUAAUAAAUUUAGUUUGUAAAAUGCUUUUGAACUAAGAGCCCAAGACUAAGGGCAACAAACUAAACAAAUUAAAAGACCAUGGUGGUUAGCCGGGUGUGGUGGCAGGCGCCUAUAAUCCCAGCUGCUCGGGAGGCUGAGGUAGGAGAAUCGCUUGAACCCAGGAGGUGGAGGUUGCAGUGAGCCAACAUCGCGCCAUUGCACUUCAGCCUGGGGGACAAGAGCGAGACUUUGUCUCAAAAACAAAAACAAAAACAAAAACCAUAUUGGAAACUGGGUGAGACCUGUAGUUGUCAUUAAGUAGUAUUUUAUGACUUGCUUGCAUUAAACAGAAAAUUGCCGACUUUAGAAAAGGGACCACCAGUACAAUUUGAACAGUAAGUUGUGUUAUGGAUAUUGUACAAGU